AUGGUGGCGGCGAAGCCGCUGCACAGCACUCCCGCUCGGGACCGCUCCGAGCCCGGCCGAGCCCCCUGCGCCCCGUGCGCGCGCCGGCGCCCUCGCACCGCGCAGCAGCUCAGUCAAGACCCGCCCGGGAGGGAAGGAAGAACCGGCGGGCUGCAGCUGGUGGCGCGGCGCAUCCGCAGCUUCCCCGACUUCCCCAUCCCGGGCGUGCUGUUCAGGGACAUCUCGCCCCUCCUGAAGGACCCCGACUCCUUCCGCGCCUCCAUCAGCCUCCUGGCGAAUCACCUGAAAAGGGCCCACGGCGGCAGGAUCGACUACAUCGCGGGCCUAGACUCCCGUGGCUUCCUGUUUGGUCCCUCCCUGGCCCAGGAGCUGGGCUUGGGCUGCGUUCUCAUCCGAAAGCGAGGGAAGCUGCCAGGCCCCACUGUGUCCGCCUCAUACGCCCUGGAAUAUGGGAAGGCUGAGCUGGAAAUCCAGAGAGACGCCCUGGAACCAGGACAGAAGGUGGUGGUUGUGGAUGACCUGCUGGCCACUGGUGGAACCAUGCGCGCAGCCUGUGAACUGCUCGGCCAGCUGCAGGCCGAGGUGCUGGAGUGUGUGAGCCUGGUGGAGCUGACCUCGUUGAAGGGCAGGGAGAAGCUGGGGACCGUGCCCUUCUUCUCGCUCCUGCAGUACAAGUGACCCCAGCCAUGGCCCACACCAACUGCAAGGGGAGAGGGCUGGCCUUGGUGGCCAGUGACCCCCCCCCCCCGCACUGGCCAACAGGGGCCCUGGCUGCCCACCUGGACUUUUUCCUGUCCCUGUGGCUGAGUCUCCAGGCAGGUUGCUGCCUGGAGCCCUCCUGUGGGUUCUGGAACUGCCAAGGCCUGGAGCUGGUGGCUGGAGCCAGCCAAACCCAGACCACUACAGGCGUGUCUACAGUGCAGUGAGAAUAUGAAUAAACAACUUUCUAGAGCA